AUGAUCAGCAAGAUCCCGCGGUGCAUGCUCGAGGACGACGACGAGACGGGGUUCCGCGUGCCGUGGGUGAACUUUCUGGACAGCGACGUGGAGCGCGCCGACUGCCGGACCGCCGAGCACCGCGACGGGCCGUCCACGUCGUUCGUCUCGUGCCUCGCGCUGGGCAUCACCGUCGCGUGCCAGGCGCGCGUCGGCGUGCAGCACCUCCGCGACGGCCUCCCGUGCGAGGACCAGGCCUUUGUGCGCAUCCCCAGCGCGGCGGCCCCGGCCCCGCUGGGCGGCAUCUUCGCGGUGUGCGACGGGCACUACGGCACGAAGGCGUCGACGCUCGCGCGGCACAACCUGAGCAAGGGCAUCAGCGAGGUGAUGCGGGUGCCGCCCGACGCGGGCAAGGGGUACGAGGAGGGCAUGCGGCGCGUGUUCGGCGAGGUGGACCGGCAGCUGCGGGACGCGUGCGACGAGGGCUGCACGGCGACGGUGGCGGUGGCGUGGCGCGACAGCGUGGACAAGUACCUGCGCAUCCAGGUGGCCAACGUGGGGGACUCGCAGUGCGUGUUCGUGCCGUGGGGGACGACCGAGCCGCACGUGCUGACGCAGAACCACCGCGUGGACAUGCCGAGCGAGUACGAGCGCAUCUCCGCGCUGGGCGUCCCGAUCGUGGAGGGCCAGCAGCGGCUGUUUGGGCUGCAGCUGGGGCGCAUGCUCGGGGACAAGAUUUUCAAGGAGGAGUGCCACGCGUUCAUCAGCGACCCGCACGUGUCCGAGGUGGUCAAGGUCGGCGACCAGGGCGGCAUCAUGGUGAUCGCGAGCGACGGCCUGUGGGACGAGGUCACGCCCGAGGUGGCGGCGCAGAAGAUGAUGGACGCGCUGCAGGCCGACGCGGUCGACGGCGAGACGGGCAUGGAGGCGCUCUGCCGCGCGCGCGACGAGCUCAUCGAGACGGCGCUCAACGGGCGCUCCAAGGACGACAUCACCGUCGUCGUCGUCCGCUUCGUGCCCGAGGCGCUCGCGCGGCGGCUCUCGUUCGAGAGCACGCACGAGGGCAUCAAGGACCUCGCGCGGGCCGGGUCGGACGCCGGCUCGAUCCGCGGGUCGAUCCGCAACCAGCUCGCCGGGCUGCAGGUGGGCUCCGGCGGCGGCGCCAGCCCGGGGGUGUCUUCGCCCAUGACGGGCGCGCCGCUGGGGUCGGGCGGGCGCUUCCACAAGCAGACGAGCAACCCGGCAACGAUGUUCCAGGGGUCCGCGAUCGAGGAGGAGGCGGAGAGCCCCGAUGCGCGCGGCGACGGGUCCAAGGACGGGUCGGACGAGCUGCCGGGGACGGAGCAGGCGCAGAGCGCCGACGAGGGGGGGGAGUCGAGGGACCCCAACGGCUCGGCACCGUCGUAG